AUGGAAGCAAUGAUGAGCCAGUUAGUUGUUAAGAACCACCAAGCCUCUUUCCAAGACCUUCAAAGGGUCGUAGGUGACAUGUCUAGGAAACUCGAGGAGAGAUUACCCGGUCAAUUUGUGGGUAACACCCAACCGAACCCUAACACCCAUGCCAAAGCCAUUACCACUCGUAGUGGGAAAACCGUAGGGAACCCGAGAGUUGCGGAGAGAGUACUAGAGGAAGAUGAGGAGAUUGUAGAUGAAGAAAUCGAGAUGGAGGCUCCCGGCAAAGUGCAAUCGAGGCUAGGCCCAGCAAGUACCGCACAGCCCGGUGAGCCCCAAGGUGAGAAGAAAGUAGAGAAAACACCCGUAGACAUUAGACCUUCUCCACUCGUAGAUCAUUCGCGUGUCCCGUUUCCUACACGUCUUAGGAACCAAAAGUACUCCAAGGAAUAUGGGCAGUUCUUAGAUAUCUUCAAGCAAUUGAAGAUUAAUCUACCUUUCAUUGAGGCACUCCAAUCUAUGCCCAAGUACGCGAAGUUCUUGAAGGACCUUCUUAGAAACAAGGAGAAGUUGGGGGAGUUGUUGAAUGUUCCAUUGAAUGGAGGGUGCUCCGCGGUCGUUCUACAUAAGCUUCCAGAGAAGCUCACGAAUCACGGCAUUUUUACUAUUCCAUGUCUAUUUGGUAGUAACACCAAUACUCGAGCCUUAGCCGACCUAGGUGCUAGCAUCAAUUUGAUGCCCUUUUCUCUCUACGAGAAGUUAGACUUAGGCGAACUUUCACCUACCCAUAUAACAUUAUCUUUAGCCGAUCGGUCCGUGAAAUACCCGAGGGGUAUUGUUGAGAAUUUGCUUGUUAAGGUCGACAAGUUUGUUUUUCCCACCGAUUUUGUCAUUCUUGAUAUGGAAGCGGAUGAGAGAGUUCCUAUCAUACUUGGUCGUCCGUUUUUGCGUAUCGCUAAAGCCCUCAUAGAUGUCUACGAUGGUAAGAUCACACUUAGGGUCGGUGAGGAGAAAGUCACCUUUGAGAUAGAUCGUUUCAUGAACCGCCCGAGUGGUUCCGAUGACUAUAGUAGUCCUUACCAUUCCGUAUAUUUCUUGAACUCAUUCAUCUCAUGUGUUGACCAUUGUCUAGAGUACAUUAGUGGAGCCGACUUACCAGGAGGAGAGAAUAUUGAGGAGGAGUCAUUGAGGUUGGAUGAAGUAGAAGAUGAGGGGAUUCCUUUGAUUCCCGAAGCGUUAGCCUUUAGUGAUGACACCACCCAACCCCCGCCCUUAGAGCUUAAGGUCCUUCCAUCUCAUUUAGAAUAUGCUUUUCUACGGGAGGGUUCCGAGCUACCCGUUAUCAUCUCAUCGAAUUUGGAGGAUGGAGAGAAGUUGAGGUUGUUGGAAGUGUUGAAGGCCAACAAAGAGGCCAUUGCAUGGAGGUUGUCCAACAUUAAGGGCAUAAGCCCUUCUUAUUGCACUCAUCGGAUACUCAUGGAGGAUGAUUUCAAACCGGUGGUGCAACCCCAAAGGCGCCUCAACCCAAUAUGCAAAACGUAG